AUGAGCGAACCGGACGACGUUGGAAAAGAAGUGUGGAAGCGAUGGAUUCUUGAGGCGAUACAUAAGAUUAGGUCACAAAAGCAGAGGCCUAGUGUGGAAAGGAUAUGUCAUGCGAUCAGACAGCACCACAAUUAUCAUGAGGACGUUGUUUCGGAGCGGCUGGAGCGUGCUGUGCGUGAGGGUGUCGUAUUGAAGGUGUAUAACAAGGGACAGAGUUCGUACAAGGAUCCGGGGGGUUUGCAAAGUAAAAUUUUACGGAUCGCCGCUGAUGUAGAUGUUUCGCGGGCAGUGGCGAAGGCAGUGCGUGAGUUAGGGGAACGGGACGGUUCAAAUUUAAAGACUAUUGAAAAACAUUUACGGCAAGCGUACCAAGUGUCUGUGGAAGAAAAUACUGACGUUCGAAACAUCUUGCGUGCUGCGGCGAAGCGAGCUGUAGCCAGGGGGUUGCUGGUUCACCACGCGGGAAAUUAUAAGGCGACAGAUCGUCCACUUACAGCAACAGAUCGCAUUUCAAAGUCUAGAAAGACUCAAGAAAGCCCAGAAAUUAAGCAAAGUCCAGGUGGAGUGCCAGUGUGUGCGGAGUGUCUUGGCACUGAUGCAAAGAACAGGCUCGGUGCCAACGAAGCUCUGAUCUGCUGCUAUCAGUGCAAGUCAUAUGCCCACCCGACUUGCCUCAAUAUAUUGGAAUAUAUUAAUUUGACAACUUUGAAGAGCGCGCGGUGGUGCUGCGGCGAGUGCGCGCGCUGCGCGCAGUGCGGGCUCAGCGGCGAGUGGGCGUCGCGCUGCGCCGCGUGCCCGCGCGCCGCGCACGCGCGCUGCCGCCGCCCGCCCUGGCGCUGCGACCACUGCCAGGAGACCACUAGAUCUACGAUGGGAGGUACGCCGAAGAAGAGGAAACCGAAGGCAGCAGCGCGACGCAUCGACUCGGAUGACGAGCCCUCCGACGGUAAUGCCUCGCAUUACUCGCGCCCGUCCGAACAGAGAAUGUCGAAGGAGAAACAGAAAUUUUUCAGAUUCUCCGCUUUCAAUCUCGUCAAAAAGCGUCGGUGUAGGGAGUCCUCCAGCGAGUGGGAGGGCUGGGAGGGCUCGCAGUGGGGGGGAGUGCGCGUCACGCGCGUGCAGCGCCUCGAGCUGCGGCUGGAGCGCCGCCCGCCCUCCCUCUCCUCCGACAGCGACGCGCCGCCCGCCCCCGCCUCACCGCCAGCCCCGCCCGCCCUGGCCGCCGCGCCGCCCGCCCCCGCCCGCCCCGCGCCCACCAUCUUCGAGCGCCUUGCCUCGGACACGGGCCCCGGCGGCACGUGGGGCUUCGCAGCGGAAGCGCAGAAGCAGAAGGUCAUCGAGUCCACGCUCGAGCCGGAAACCCCACGGCCACAGGAACCAUCACCUCCCCAAAUACAGAAGCAAUCGCCGGAACGAUUAAGGCACAGACGGAGGAGUAGAUGCGGAGACAGACUGCUGACCACGCUGUUCGAUGGGCUAUCGGAGUUCUAUUCGGUUCGAACGGCGUCCCGCUCCCAGUCCCGGCACCGGCCGGUCAAGCGCGAGAGCGAAGAUCGUCAAGUAUUAAAGGAGACGCGGAGCACGUUCAAGCGAUAUCAGGCGACGUUGAGCCGCGAGAGUAGAAAUAGUAGGGAACAAAGACUGUCAAUAGAAAAUAGAGAAGAAGUUAGGGAGGAGCGGGCCAAGAGGAGUCGGCCGAGAGAACUAGAGAGAGAGGAGAAGAGUGUAAGGGAAGUUCGGCACAGCAAAGAGGCCGCAGAUCAGGCGGGGGUGGAGCGAGGAGAGGUAGAGGAUAUGAGAGGGUCGGAGGUUCGAUUGAGCGCGUCGGCGCUGGUGGUGCGCGCGGCGGAAGGCAAGCGCGGCGGGUGCGUGGACGCGCAGGCGCACAAGCUGCACCGCGAGGGCCCGGCCGCCAAUCAGACGGAGGGAAAGCGUUUACCUCCCGGCGUGACAGAGGCGGAUGCGGAGCUGUUCUCCCAGGCGCGGGCAGCGAGCGGUGCUGAGGAGGUGGUGCCCUCAGGGUCGGGGUCUGGAGCCGGUCCACCGCCACCAAGGUGCCCGUCGGCUAUAGAGUUUGGACAAUGGGAGAUAGAGACUUGGUAUUCAAGUCCCUUUCCACAGGAAUAUGCAAGGUUGCCAAAGCUAUUCCUAUGCGAGUUCUGUCUGAAAUAUGCGAAAAGUCGAGCUGUUUUGAUGCGACAUUUGGACAAAUGUCUAUGGAGACAUCCGCCGGCCACAGAAAUAUAUAGAUGCGGUGAUAUAUCCGUGUUCGAAGUGGAUGGGAAUGCCAAUAAGAUUUAUUGUCAGAAUCUCUGCCUUCUAGCAAAACUAUUUCUUGACCAUAAAACUUUGUAUUAUGAUGUUGAACCGUUUCUAUUUUAUGUUCUAACAAAAAAUGACAGCAAAGGAUGCCAUUUAGUUGGAUAUUUCUCAAAGGAAAAGCAUUGUCAGCAGAAAUAUAACGUGUCGUGUAUAAUGACGAUGCCGCAGUACCAGAGACAAGGAUACGGGCGAUUUCUCAUCCAUUUUAGUUAUUUGUUAUCAAAGGAGGAAGGUCAACCGGGAACGCCCGAAAAGCCAUUGUCCGACUUAGGGAGGGUUUCGUACCACGCGUAUUGGAAGUCUGUAAUUUUAGAAUAUCUACACGAUCAUAGAGAUCGGCCGAUUACAUUUGAGGAUAUUGCUUUUACUACGGGAAUGCAUAUGAACGACAUAGCUGUCACGUUUCAGCUGCUCGGCUUUGUCAGAUAUGUGCCUAAUAACGAUACAGUAAAAUUAGGGAUCUGUGUUGAUUGGAAUAGGGUUGAAAAUCACGUGAAGAAAGUCAACAGCAGGCCUAGAUUAGAAAUCGAUCCUGAAUGCUUAAGAUGGACGCCAUUGUUAGCACCAACCGUCAAUCCAUUUAGAUCACCAGAAGAAGGAUCCGGUGAUCAAGAAACAGAGAAUGAUGAUGAAAUGAAGACGGAAAGUGAAAACACUGAAACAGAACCGGAAACAGCUAAAGCGGAACAAUCGAAACUAGAUAAGGAAACACCGGAACUGCCAGUGGAAGUGACGUCAUCCGGAAGAAGACGGACGCGGCCGCUUAAAUACAGCGAAAGUACUUACCAAACGACACCUACCGUUGGUGAUGGAACACGGAAACGGAAACGGGAAGCCACGAGGAAGGUAUCCGAAAGCGUUGAAGAGGCUAAAGAACCGGAAGCCACUCCGAGAAGGCAAAGGAGUAAAAGUGUCGCCCGGAAAGCUAAAAUACAAGAGGAAGUUAUUGAUCUACCAAGAAAUAGGCGGAAGACCAUUAAAGAACCAACGUACGCGUCUGACAGUCAGGAGAGCCAGGAAAGUGUUGACACGCGAAAUGAAAUGGACACACCUGUUAAUGAAGUUAAAAAUAAAACCAAGCGAAGACUUGGCUGGAAAGGUCGUCAACCCAAACGUCAAAAGGUCAAUAAAGCCGCCGCAGCGUCCCCUGUUGCUAAGAAACCAAAAGUUGAUGAAACUGUCAAUGAUGACUACAAAACUGAUGAUUCUAUUGAACAACCCACUGAUAUUAUGCCUAAUGAAGAUGAAAAUAAUAAAACAAUAAAACCUCAAAAUGAGAAACCAGAGGAAAAGACUAAAAAUAAUGAGGAAAGUUCAGAAGAUUCAUCUGGAGAGGCAGAUGAUGAGAUGGAUGUGGAGGAGGGAGAGGAUAGAACGAGUAUACCAAGCAAACCUGCGACUCCUCGACCCAUUGAAGAGAACAGUACAGACAAUCACACUAGCGAUAUGGAACUUGACAGUAUUCAUAUGGACUCACCUAAAUCUAUUGCGGAAAAAGAUCAAGUUAUUAAUGAAACUGAUAAAGAAAAAGUAGAUGAAGAACUUCCGGUUGUGGAAAAUGGACCGGAUAUGAGUAUAAUUGAAAAUAAUGGGAAAAUGGAGAAAGAGAAAUCUGAACGUGAAAAAGUUCCAGAGACAAGAAAUGGUGAACUAACAUCGCCAUCCAAACCAGUCAUAGAUGAUAAAGACACUAUAGUUAUAUCAGAGUCUGACGAUAACAACAGUCAAAGUUGUCCGCUGCCUUCUCCUAAACCUAAUAAUUUAAUUCCCAUUCAAAAUAACGAGUUUAAAACAAAAGAUACAGAAAGUGAGACACCUCCCAAAAUAUUACCUGUUGUGUCUACGGAGAAUGCUCAUAUAGUUCUCGACGCUAAAGGUCCGUCUGAUUCCAACACAAUAAAACCCUCCGUGGAUCUAAUAGUACCACGUUUACAUCAAAUCGAAACAAUCGUCGUUGAAGGAGAGUCGGAUAGUGCAAUUUCACCAAGCACAGGCGUAUCUCCAAAGAAAAAUGACAAAACAGUAAUAAGUGAAUCGCCAAAAAAGAAAUCGCCUGAAAAGGUUAACAUGGAGAUUGCAUGUGAACAGAAAAAGUGCGAAAUGAGAAAAGAGACCGUCAUUCAGCACCAAACCGUCGAUGAAAGUAAAACAGAGAAAAAGUCGCCAAAUAAAAUAGAAACGAUUAUACAAAAUUUAGAUCCACAUAGAGAUAUAUCUGCGCUAAAGAAACCGGAGGCCCCUAAGAUCGAUUACAAUGAAAUGGAUGCGCGGAAAUUACAAAUGAAUAUUAGUAAAGAAAGCGAAAUGUCUUUUAGAAAUGAUAUGAUGCAUUCGAGAAAAGUGGAUAUUGUUGUAUCGAGGAAUAUAAUCGAGAAUCCGAUACCCAAUUACCAUAAUUCAGUUAGCAAUUCAGUAACUAUACAGCCUAUAAAUUCUUUGCAUACAACAUUGCAGCAUCCAUUCAUGAACCAUAGAAAUACCAUAAGUAAAGAGUCACAAGGCGUGCAAACUGACAAAGAUCUUGUAAAAACCAGCGAUCCAAAUAGAGUGAUCAAUAACAUGCCUGAUCCUUUACCGGUUAUUAGCAAAAGUACGACGAAGUUAGAAGUUCCUCAUCCCAUCACGUCACCCGUCGUCAAUCCAGUUAUACCAAAAGUGCCGAAUGUGACUGAUAUCAGCUUUCUGCCGAGAUGUCAGAGUGCUAACGCUGCUGUGAACUUGGGAAUGGAAAGAACCGAUAUAGAUCCCAAUUUCGCUAACAACCUACAAAAUUCGUUAGGCGGUUCCAUGAGCAUUGUCCAAACGAAUUCUCAAGACAAAAAUGAUCCAAACCAAAAGCCUAGAGAAAAGAGCAAGUUACGGGAUGUCAGAGUUAAUUCUGCGCAUAGUAAAAUGGAGAAAACUGAGAAGAAAUCAAAAAACGAAACUCCAAGAAGCACCCCAGAGCCUAAGUUGUUUUUUCCAGAAGUAAAUGCACCUGCGAGAAAACCGGAGACAUCUGUCCCAAUAAAUGUAAUAAAUACUGUGGCAGUAACGAGUAAAAUGGAGGCAAAAACAACUGAAGCGCCCAAAAAGCAAGAUUUUUUUAAGAAAGAAAAAUCUAACGCCGCUAAGUGUGACAAAAAUUCCUCUGUCAAACAUGAUAAGACUUGCUCAACGCAACUCAAUCUGAAGGCAGCAGAGCAAAAUGAUCUGAACAAGAUGUUGCCAAAAUUUAAAUACGACAACGAAUUGGUGCCAAAAGCGGAUUACGCAAUGAACCAAAUCCCUAACUAUCAUACGACUCACGCGCAAUACCCUAUGUCGCAGUGGGCACCCUGGGACCCUACUAGAACGUGGGACCAUAAUCGAUUUUUAGACAUGAAAAACAACGAUAAAAAUUACUUGGACAAAUUCCAAGGCUUCAAUCUACCUCAUUUAGAUCAAAUGCAGAAAUCUCCGCAAAAGUUGCAUCCAAAGUACGACCAAAAGGACUUUCAUAAUAUUGCGUACGGUGCUCUAUCUGGUGGCAUAUACGCUACAACAGGGUUGCCACACUUCAAAGAGACUAAAGCGCCAACAUCCAAAGCUUCGGAUUGCCAGAAAAACGAGUGUAAACCAACAAAACAGUCGAAAACAACUACGGCGUGUCAAACACAAUGCGAGAGUAAAAAGUCUCACAACACAAACGAAGCGCAGAUAAAGCAAAUGAUGCAGCGACAAGUUAAUAAGCAACAAGACGUGGUAACAAGUUGCGCGGAAUUUCGACAACAAAGUCCCCAAAUACUAACAUCGCCCGGCUGCAAGAGUUUCAACCAAAACGGUCCAUGCCAAGAGAAGUCUGAAAUCGAGAAGAAAUCUCGACAGCAGUCCAAGAAGGAUGAGUCUCCAAAGGACACGAAUAAGGAAGAGAUGUGCGAGUCAGUUAGUCCAGCACUACAGUCCAUGGGGGUUUAUACUCCGGACUCGACGAGUAAUUCGGUCCAUUCGGUCCAAUAUACGGCCUGUGAGUUGGAUGUUAGUCAGUUGGGGCUGGAGUCGCCAACAAGUAUAGGGUCAGAUUUGGCAUCACCAUGCAGUAUGAUGCAUAUGCACCCAGCCCCCAGUCCUCAGUACCCGCACUCAUCACUGCACAUCCCAUCUAUCAUGAGCCAGCCGAACCAACCAGCUAAACAGCAGAAGAUUAAUAAUAGAAAUAGGAACAAUGCGAGCAGUGGGAGCGCGGGCGACAAGUCGGCGGGCGUGCGCGGCGCCGCCACUCCGCCCGCGCGCCACCGCGCCACGCCGCCGCACCCGGUCACCUCGCACGGCGGUGCAGUGAUGCAGGGCGGCACGUCGGGCAGCGGCUACCAGGGCGGCUACCUGUCGUUCCAGCAACAGCAGCAGUACCACGCGGGCUGGGCGCCCUCCUGCAGCCUCGCCAAGCUGCAGCAGAUGGCGGAUGCGCCGCAGCACCCGCCGCACACGCCGCCCGCGCCCGCGCCACAGUACGGUCAGCAGGCGGGCACUCCCCCCGCGGGCCACUACCACGCGCCCAAGUACUAUGCGCCCGCCCACAACCAGCUCGAGUCGCCGCGUAACACGCGUAACGCUACCAGUAAUCUUAGUCCAAUGCAGCAUGUUCAAAUGGGUCCUGGCUCUCGCAUGUCACCGAACCUUAACACCCACAUCAUCAGCCAAUACGGUCUGAAUGGUUACCGAGUUCCACCGCAGCAGCAAUUCAACAACCUGCCGGUCCAGAUGAUGAAUGUACAGCCAGGAGUCCAAUACCCUGGACCUGAUCCCAGGGCGCAACAGCCCAAUGUAUACGCGUACGCUGGAUACAUAAAUCCUCCACCACCUUUGACAAUGCAGACACUUAAUUCAACUAUGCGUCGG